CAACAUCCGGUGGACUCUGUAAGUGGGUGAAAGGUGGAAAAGACGACCUAUUAAAUUCUACCUCAGCCCUGCCGCCGUCCUCACUCGGUCCUCCGCUCGUCCUCGCCGUGUCCUCACCUGUUCUCACCUGUCUUCACCUGUCUUCACCAUGCUGCAGAACAGCGGGAAGCUAGCCGGCUGCACGCUCUUCAUCACAGGGGCAAGUCGAGGCAUCGGCAAAGCUAUCGCUCUGAAAGCUGCCAGGGAUGGAGCCAACGUCGUCAUCGCGGCCAAGACGGCUGAACCGCACCCAAAACUGCCUGGAACCAUCUACACAGCCGCAGAGGAGGUGGUAGCGGCUGGGGGGAAAGCGUUGCCGUGUGUUGUUGACAUUCGGGAUGAGCAGCAGAUCGGAGCAGCUGUUAAGAAAGCCGUCGAGACCUUUGGAGGUAUCGACAUCCUGGUGAACAACGCCAGCGCCAUCAGCCUGACGGGAACUCUGGAGACGCCCAUGAAGAAGGUGGACCUGAUGAUGGGAAUCAACCUGCGAGGAACCUACCUGACGUCGAAGCUGGUCAUCCCUCAUCUACUGAAGAGUCGCCACCCUCACAUCCUGAAUCUGUCACCGCCACUUAACCUCAAUCCUGUCUGGUUUAAGAACCACACAGCAUACACGAUGGCCAAGUAUGGCAUGUCCAUGUGCGUCCUGGGAAUGGCGGAAGAGUUCCGGGGUCAGAUUGCCGUCAACGCCCUCUGGCCUAAAACAGCGAUCCAGACGGCAGCCAUGGACAUGCUGGGUGGCGACAGCGUGGGGAAGCAGUGUCGUACUUCUGACAUCAUGGCAGACGCUGCCUACGUCAUCCUGUCCAAACCCAAGGACUACACAGGUCACUUCGUGGUGGACGAGGAUCUCCUCAGGGCACAGGGGGUCAAGGACUUCGAGCCAUACGCCGUCCAGCCAGGUCACCCCCUGCUGCCAGACUUCUUCUUGGAUGAAGCACCAGAGAAACUGGUCCAGCACAUGGAGGAACAUGGGGCAACUCCAGCCUUCAAGCCACCACCAUCAUCGGCCUCAUCGCAGUCUGGUGGACCAAUAGAGAGCACUUUUGACGUCAUUAGAGGAGUUAUGAAUGAAGACGUCAUCAAGUCGACGCAGGGCGUCUACAAGUUUGACCUCUCAGGAGAACAUGCUGGUGUUUGGUUUCUGGACCUGAAGAAUGGCACCGGUACCGCUGGGCCAGGAGAACCACCUGCUAAGGCUGACGUCGUCAUGGCCAUGGACUCCGCUGAUUUCAGCAAGAUGUUUUCAGGAAAGCUGAAGCCCACGAUGGCCUUCAUGUCGGGGAAGCUGAAGAUCAAAGGCGACAUGACUCUGGCCUUAAAACUGGAGAAGCUGAUGGGCCGCAUGAGCAAGCUGUAAAGCUGAAGCCCCGCCCACUGGUUUCCCCGGCAACGCCUCCUCAACAAUGCCUUAACAAGAAUAUGUGCAGACGUGAAUACGUCUCACACUAACAACAAGCUGCACUGCAGUCAUGACGUCAGCGUCCGGGUGACGGCACCGCUGCUGACCAAGAUCAAGGCCUGACUGCUCUGGACCGGUCUCAUCCGCUCUCAUCCGGUCCAGUCCAGCUGGUGUGACAGCCAGCCAGUAAACACGUUUGUAACAGCUCUGAUUUUCACUGCUAGAAACAGUUUAAUACUUUUAAUUGUGACAACUGUAUCGCCGUGGUAACGGUAAAUAAAAAGGUUUGCUUCAUGGCA